AUUCAUCAAUCCUACAACUGAAUACAUAUUUUGGUUUAUCGAUAAUGGUUUAACCAUUAAUUAUCUGUUUUUAAAGACAUUGCAUUCUAUAGGCCAAACGGUUUGACUGGGGAAGUUCAAUCUUUGUUCUAGACUGUAUCGUCACUGUCUAAUUAAAGUAAAAGACAGCUUUAUUAAUUCGUUGCACAUGUGCUAAUUCAGUCAGCCCUGGUGACCUUAUUUCCAACCAGCUUCUUUCAUUGAUCAUAUGAUAAUUAUUUGUUUUUGAAUUCACAAGAACUACUUUCCUCGGUUAACCUUUGAUCGUCUGAUACUGAGUUACGUAAACAAUUAAAAACAUAAUUUCUUUUGGAAGGUGAAUGAAAUCUUGGUUGGACAAGCUCUAAAAAUUCUUAAAAAUUUCUAUAACUAUGACAUUCAGAUAAAUCUCUAAUCAAGACACAUUACGACACAUCCAAGUUAUUCACUCAUACAGAUAAGAUUGAGAAUUUAUAUAGUCGGAAGUUAACCUAACAAAACAGUUACCAUGAAUUCCAUCACAGAUUAUGAUUGUAAAACCAGCGAGAACAGACCGUUACAGACAAACCUAUGAGAAUAAAUUGGUUUAAAACUUGUACAAUUAUUGUACAUAGCUCUUUUUUAAAUGUAGCCGGAGAUAAUGAUGAUAGUCAAAGUACUGAUAAAAGCCUCUUGAUCAAACAAUCAAGUUCAGAGAAUAAAACUCUAUUAAAAGGAUUCAAGUGAGCUAACAAUCGUCUCGAUCAUUUUUACAGAGUCUUCUGAGAUGACAGUUACUUACUUGUAAGACUUCUACUUAUUUUAUAAGUCAGAUUCACUUCAUAAACAUAAACAUAAUGAUAAGAUUGUUCUUAUCAUAAACUACCAUUGAGGAAAGAAACAUUCGAUUCUCACCAUGUUACAAAAAUUAUUCAAAUAUAUGGAUAAUGUAGUGAUCAAUAGACAGAAGAACUUCAAACUAAAUAUUUGUUUCUUUUUAUUAAAACCAAGUUUAUUUAUAUCAAGAUAGCUUUCAUUUUUAACAUACAAGAGAAGCCAUUCUUUUCUUCACAAGAAUUGACAAUAUACCUUUGAUCUGGGAGAAAUUAAAACUAACAAAACUAUGCAAUCAGAAUUCAUAACUCCUCUUCAAAAUGACACAAAAGACAAGUUUGUAAAUAAUAAUAAUAAUAACAACAACAAUAAUAAUAAACACCUGAUUGUACUGCCGACAAACAAACGUCCUUCAUCUAAAAUGAAUUCUCAUUCUCAUAAACCGGUCAUUUUGAACAAUAAGCUUGAUCACAUAAAUCACUCAGAACAAAAUAAUGACAGUACAAAAGAUUUAUUAUCUCCAGGUGAUUUGGUUAAAGAUAGAUGGAGAGUUAUAUGUAAACUAGGAGGAGGCGGUUUUGGUGAAAUAUAUGAAGCAGUUGACACGAAAUUAAAACGUGUACAACAUUCAUCAUCUACAUCAUCAACAUCAUCAUAUUAUAAUGAAUCACAGUCAAAUUUGAAACGUUACCAUCCAGAAUAUUCACUGUGUUUAAAUUGUGCAACAAACAACACUCUAAACAUAGCGGUUAAUUCACCACCCAGUGGUCAAAAUGGUCCUAAUGUAAUAAAGUUGAAACACGAUAUUGGCUCAGAUAGUGGUAUCGGUGGUGUACAAGCCUUUUCAUCAGAUACACAAAUUCAGCAUGGUACUAGAAUCAAUUCAGCUGGUACAACUACAUCAGCUUCGUUAUCGUCUCGUCGUUUAAUACUUACAUGCAACGAAAAUAAUCCUGAUAAAAAUAACCAAGAAGAUGGUCUUAUCCAUUUAAAAUCAUCAGCAACUAAUAACUAUCCUUAUUUACAUAAGAUAAACUCACAGGAUUUCAGUGCGAGUAAUGCAUCAACUCCAAGGGAUUCAAGUCAAACUGGUAAUCCUGACAGAAAAAGUAUGUGUAUCAAUUGUAAGUGUGAAUUACCGCAGAGAUUUAUUGAAAAAUUUACAUUGAACAAUAAACAUGAAUCGAAUGGAAUAUCCACUGACUCCGGAAUUUCCAGUAUAAAUGAAGUUUACGACUAUCGUGUAGCUAUUAAAGCUGAAUCUAACCGUCAAGCUAGACAAGUACUAAGAAUGGAAGUGGCCGUGCUACGCCGUCUUCAAGGAAAAUCGAAUAUAUGUCGUCUGUUUGGUUGUGGAAAGAACGCGAAAUUCAAUUACAUGGUCAUGACUUUACAGGGUAAAAAUCUUUCUGAGAUACGCCGAACUUUACCUGGAGCGGUAUUUACACUUGGUACAGCCUUCCGCUUGAUUAAACAGUGUAUAACUGCUUUGAAAUCUCUACAUGAUGCUGGUUUCCUUCAUCGUGAUGUUAAGCCAUCGAAUUUCGCUAUUCAACGCGGCGAACCAAGGAAAGGUUCACUUCGUGUCGAAGUUACUUUACUGGAUUUUGGUCUUGCUAGACCAUAUACAGUUAAUGGUCCAGGUACUGAGGUACGUAAUGCACGACAAGUUGCAGGGUUUCGAGGUACAGUUCGAUACGCAUCCAUUAAUGCUCAUGCACAUCAAGAUUUAGCUAGAAGAGAUGAUUUAUGGUCACUUGUUUAUAUGUUUAUUGAAUUCGUUUGUGGCCAACUACCUUGGAGACGAAUACGAGAUAAAGAAUUAGUUGGACAAAUGAAAAUGGCUUUGAAUCAUAGAGAGUUGGCAAUCAAAUCUGGUUUACCAGUGGAUAUUGUUACUGUAUGGAUAACACAUUUAGAACAAUUAGAGUAUAAAAGUGUGCCAAAUUAUGAUAUGCUUAUCACUUGCCUAGAUGAAUGGUUAAUACAACAUAAAAUACAGGAAUCUGAUUUCUAUGACUGGGAAACUCCAAAGACUAACUCACUUACCGAUGAUACAAAAAUCCAACAACCUGGUACGAUUACACUUUAUAAAGCUGAUCACAAAGCAAUUUUUUCGGAAAAAUUUAGCCAAAAAGAAGUUAGAAUGCAACAAAUAAAUAGUCAGGUGAAUGUAGAGGACAUUGUUGGAAAACAGCACAGUGGGAGAGAAGAGAACAAAGUGAAAGAGGACGAAGAUGAUGAAGAACAGAUUAAUAAAAUGAAUGAAACAUUAAAACCAAACACGCUUUUACAAGUGGUGCGCGAUAACCAAAUACUGAAAACGAAGUCUUCAAUGAAUUUAAACAAUAGACAUUCAGCUAGCCAUUGCAAUUUAAUGACAAAUAGUCGUUCAACGGCUGCAGAAAUAAGUAAAAAGGUUUAUGAUGGUAAAUUAAUGAAACGAAAGAAUAUAUUGAAAAACCAUGGUAGUCUAGGUGCUGACUUAUCAAGUCAUGAUGGAGACAUGGAGAAUGCUAUUAUUAUUGGAGGUGAAUGCUCACAGAAUAGGCAUAAUAAAUUAUCAACAGUCCAUAAUAGUGCAGACUGUAUUUUAAUCGACGAUGAGCAUGAAGAUGAUGUGAAAGUAUUUGCAGAGAUGGAUCUAGGUGUUGAUACAAACGAUAAACAUUCACUAAGAAUAUAUGAAAAUGAAAUAAAUAACUUGAAUAGUACUAAGAAUUCAUUUGAUAAUUUUCAAAAGAAUGCGACCACAACUGAAGAGAAAAAAGGUGAAAUUUUACUAACGAAAUCUCAGUUACCCAUCACGUCUAAUUCAUCAUUGGUAAACGUAACCAAUAAUAUUGAUAGUUAUAAAGAUGUCGUUGAUAUUAAAACUGAAAAACCGGUGAAAGAAUACUCAAAAUCAAUUUAUGCAAAACCAAUACACAAUAAUUCCACUGGACAGGAUCUUGUCUCAGGCAAAGAAGCUGUUCAAUUUAUCGAAGACCGAUGCAUUUCAGGAACGAAUCUUAGUACUAAAGAACUAAAUCAAAAUAUUCAAGACGAUAAAUUGGAUGCAGCUGGACAAAGUUUGUUUGUUCCGACCUUCAGCGGAAUGAGCUCAUCUUCUGUACCACAAACUAGUGAUUGUACAACAAAUCCUAGAGCGAAAAUACAUGCUAUAAUUAAGAAUUUACUUGCUGGUCGUCAAAGCAAAGGCAAUGAUUCACCUAAAUUAAGCGAAACAACUCAAAGAUUACCUAAUUGGUCCGGACUUGUAAAAACACCAAAAGAAUCCAACAAAUUUAGUGACACAAAUUCCUCGAACUUAGAUUUGCGAGUUGGCAGUGAUUUUGAUAAAUCUACCUGUCGAUCUAACAAAGCUUCUGUAUUUGAUCAAACUUCACCAUACUAUAUUCAUUUUUCAUUAGGUCAUGUCAAUGCACACGACAAUGAACAAUAUCAUAGAUUUCUGACCGUACCCCGUAAGGAUCACAUUAGUUUGAGCACAUUACGUCUUAAUCGAACUGGGGAGUCAGUUACAUUCAACAGGUCAAAUCCAACUUUUGAAGCUAACUUCAUACAAGAAAGCAAACACAGUAUAACAACUAGUUCAGAUCAAAUAUUAAUUGAUAAUAUGGAGAAUACCUGUAUAACACAUAAUCUAAAUUCUCAGUCGGAGAACCAUUACCCAGUUCCACGAAGAAAACGUACACUUUAUCUAAAUAAGUAUCAUUCAGAACAGUUAAUUCAACCAUCGCAAAAUAUUUCCUUAAAGUCACUAAAUAUUCCACAGAAUAACCAUGAAAAUUUGAUUAUGUUAACUAAAUCAUCAUACCAAAACAACCUCCCUUUUGAAUUCACCGCCGAAAACUAUCGACAAAAGUUAAUUGAUAACAAACAAAAACACUCGCUGCAGAAAAGUAUGAAUUCAACAAAAUUAGUUGGACAAACCAUACGUCCUACUUUAGAAACAAGCAAAAAUAUGCACCAAAAUCGUAGGAAUACUAAUAAUAUUAAUACUAACGGUAGUACUGAUAAUCUUAGAGACAGUGAAAGCCUAGAGAGAAUUAAACAGCUUGGUUUGUUAGCUAAGACGUUGGAUGUAAAACUGAAGGUUAAUAAUACUGACACUGCUUCAGCUAAUGCAAGCUACGAAAAGUCUGUGAAUCAACAGACAUUUUUAAGAUCAAGUAUCAAUGGCUCAAAAAUAAAUCAACCUUCAAAAGGUCAGUCAAAGUGUCUGGCUAGAAAGUGUUCAGAAAUUUCAUAUGAUCCAGAAAUUAGCAAAUCUCCGGUACAGUAUGAUAAUAGACCUAAAAGGCUUAUUGGAAAAGAUUCAACAAUGAAUACAAUCGGUUCACAAUCGGUUCAACAAAAUUGUCAACAAGCAAGUUUAAAAUCCUCAAAUCUUCAUUCUACAGAAAAAUUAAUCAUUCGAAGAAAUGAUGAUAUCAGAGAGAAACAAAAUAUUCAAUCUGUUAAUUACAGUUAUUCACCACUAAAAAUAGCAACUAGCUUAUUACCAUCAGUGUCAUCAACGAAUUUAACUGAUGAAAGUUUUAUUCAACCAAAUACUAUUUGUUGCAAAUCAAUUUAUUGUCGACAAUCAAUAGAAAAAUCACAUCGUCGUCGUUUGAAUUCAAUUCAUAUCAUACCUUCAGAAUUACAUCAUAGCCAGCAAAAAAAUGAACAAUUUACUGUUUCUACCUUUGAUAAUGGUAAUAAUAAUAAUAAUAACGGUGGUUCUUCAUGUGUUUCUAAAAUUAAUUUACGAACAUUAAGAUCUCAAUCAGCAGACAGAGUAAUAAAACCACGGACAAGUUGUAAAAAUACAGUGCUUCAACCAUGUUAUCCGCUUCAGUCAGCUUUACCCAAUAAUUCAUUAUCUUGUUCAAAAUCAAAACGAACCUUGGGCAUCACAAUAAGUGAUUCUCAGAAAGCAUGCAAAAUUAAUUCACUUACACCAGUAAGAAGGCUUUAAAUGAAUAUAUUAAGCUUUCCUCAUUGUUUUCUAUCUUGAUGUAACUAUAUAUAUAUAUGUAUAUAUAUAAAAACAUGUAUAACAAGUCUUCCAUCCAUGAUAUCUCAAUUAAUCGAGUUGAUACAUAUCACUGUGACUUUUUUUCAAUUCAAUUAUAUAUUUUUUAUUCACAGAACUAACGGGAACUUCAGGUUAUUCAUAUACAUAUCUCUUGACUUUUCUUGUUUCUGUACAUUGAAGAGAGAUUUAUUCAGUAUUUAUUUGCUUAUAAUUCAUAACUGUUUAUUGACUUUCAUAUGGAAAUUACUGAUGCUUAUUGAUUUAUAUAUUUAUUUUGAGUGGAGGGGGGGAAUAUGGUACACAUCAUUUAUGUUUAUGAAAAGAAAAGAAUAUAAGAUUGAGAAUAAUAUGUAUUGAUAUUUGAAUGAUGUAUUAGUCUUAUUUGUUGUUUUCUUUAAACCUUUUCUAUAUCUAUUUCAAUGCUUCACUUCACUUUUAUACAGUUAGAUCAUCUCAUUUUUCCGUGUGCUUAUUAUAAGCAUAUAUAGAAACAUUUAAUUUCGUUGUAAAUUAUUACAGAAAAUUAAAUAGCACAAUUGUAAAGAAAAAUACAUCUUUUUUUCAAAUGUUUUACCACAGACAUAUCAUUAUCGGUUACUAUGGCAACCGUAUCUCCAUGUGCACGUUGAAGGUAAAUAAUACUUUACAAAAAAAUGUCAACAAAUACGAAAUUUAGAUAGAUGAAAACAAUUUAUUAAUAUACACAUAUAUAUAUUUAGAUUUUUUCUCUUUAUCAACUCUAAAAUUUCUUUCCAUAGGAUACAAUGAAAUAGAACUAUAUUGAAUAGUUUCGAUAACCUAUCUAUGGGGUCAUUUGUGUUUGUUAGAUAUAUCAUGAUCAUCAUCAUCAUUGCUGUUCUUUGAAUAAUUAAAAUCAAAUGGUUUAUUUAAUUGUAAAGAAUUAACGAAUUAUUCAUUUAUUUGUUUCAGAC